AUGGAAGACAUGGAAAAUGGAACUGAAGUGACAGAAGUUGUGCUUCUCGGUCUGUCUAGCCAUCCCCAAGUACGGGUAGCAUUGUUCUUUAUCUUCCUGGCUAUGUAUUUGGUCACUGUAGGUGGAAACGGCCUCAUUGUAACACUGAUCAUGAUCGAUGCUCACCUCCACACACCCAUGUAUUUCUUCCUCAGCAAUCUUUCCUUCAUUGACGUCUGCUACGUCACCACUUCCGUGCCGCAAAUGCUGGCGCACUGCUUCACAGACAGGCCCACUGUCCCGCGAGGCCGAUGUUUAGCCCAGAUGAGCAUUGCUCUCUUCCUGGCAGUAGCAGAAUGUCUUUUGCUCGCUAUUAUGGCAUACGAUCGCUAUGUGGCCAUAUGCAGCCCCCUGCGCUACAGUCUAAUCAUGAGCCGGAAGGUGUGCCUCCUGAUGGCAGCUGGCUUGUGGGUGUGCUCCUUCCUCUUGACCAUCGUCCCCGCCUUCGGCAUGCAAGGCCAUUCAUGUGGACGCAACGUGGUGAACCAUUUCAAGUGCGAAGUCCAGGCAGUGUUGAAACUGGCUUGCUCGGACACCCGUGCCAGUGGAUUGGUGAUGGUAUUGAAUAGUGUCUUCACCUUGCUUGUGCCCUUUGCUUUCAUCCUGGUGACAUAUGGGCGCAUUGGUGUGGCUGUGCUGCACAUUCGUUCAGACCAUGGCUGGAGCAAGGCCUUGUCUACUUGCGGGUCCCACUUGGUUGUGGUGGGGAUCUUCUAUGGCACAGCCAUGGCCAUGUACUUACGACCUCAGACAAAGACUUUCACCAACAGAGAGAAAGUAAUAUCGGUAUUCUAUGGAGUUGUCAUUCCUAUGCUUAACCCCCUAAUUUAUAGCCUGAGGAACAGAGAUGUAAAAGGAGCUCUAUGGAGAGCACUUGGCAGGAAAGUAGAAGAAUAA